CCGUUCCCCGUCCUUGACUUGAUCCGUCCUCCGCCUCCUUGCUCGGUCGAUUCUGGCGGCCUGCUCCUUCAAGGCGUGAUUUUUACUACUGAAACAGGCGAUUAGGGCGCCGAUCGAGCUCACGGGGAGGUUAAGCAUCAUAGGAGGCCCUGGAUUUCCCUUUCUUCAGUUUGGUUUUUCUGGAGCUAGGGUUGGGCUUCGUCGAUGUCGGUCGCGGAGCUUAAGGAGCGGCACGCAGCUGCAACGGCUACGGUGAACUCUCUGAGGGAGCGAUUGAAGCAGAGGAGGCAGUUGCUUCUCGAUACUGAUGUGGCUGGGUAUGCUAAGAGCCAAGGGAGAUCAGCAAUUAGUUUCAGCCCCACAGAUCUCGUUUGCUGCAGGAUCUUGCAGGGUCACACUGGCAAGGUUUAUUCAUUGGACUGGGCACCUGAAAGGAACUGGAUAGUCAGUGCUUCUCAGGAUGGACGUCUAAUUGUAUGGAAUGCUUUAACGAGUCAGAAGACACAUGCUAUAAAGCUUCAGUGCCCCUGGGUUAUGACCUGUGCAUUUGCACCAAAUGGGCAAUCUGUUGCAUGUGGAGGUCUUGAUAGCGCCUGCACUAUUUUCAAUCUCAAUUCUCGUGUUGAAAGAGACAACAUUCCUGUCUCAAGGGUACUUACGGGGCACAAAGGCUAUGUGUAUUCUUGUCAGUAUGUUCCUGAUCAGGAGUCUCGGUUGAUUACUAGCUCCGGUGAUCAAACAUGUGUUCUAUGGGAUGUCACAACUGGCCAAAGAAUUUCAGUUUUCGGUGGAGAAUUUCCUUCCGGACAUACAGCUGAUGUGUUGAGUGUCUCAAUCAACAGUUCGAACUCCAACAUGUUUGUCUCUGGUUCCUGUGAUGCAACUGCACGGUUAUGGGAUACUCGAAUUGCUAGCCGUGCAGUUCGGACAUAUCAUGGUCACCAAGGAGAUGUUAACACUGUCAAGUUCUUCCCUGAUGGGCAGAGAUUUGGAACUGGUUCAGAUGACAGCACAUGCAGGUUAUAUGAUAUGCGAACUGGACAUCAGCUUCAAGUUUACAGUCAACAGCAUGACGACAAUGAUGUCCCAACUGUCACGUCUAUUGCCUUUUCUUUAUCUGGAAGGCUACUCUUUGCCGGUUAUUCCAGUGGUGAUUGUUGUGUUUGGGAUACACUAGUGGGUGAGGUGGUUUUGAACUUGGGAACGCUUCAAAAUUCUCAUGACUUGCGCAUUAGCUGCUUAGGUUUGUCUUCUGAUGGCAGUGCUUUAUGCACAGGGAGUUGGGACAAGAACCUUAAGAUUUGGGCAUUUGGCGGACACAGGAGGGUUAUCUGAAUCUUACCAUUGGCAAUGAUGAUACUAUGGCACCGAAGCUGCAUUCCUGCAUACCCUUUGUUUUUCGGGUAAGAUUUUCAUUGAAGAGGGUCCUAAACCAUUACAUACUGCUGCUUAUCAUCUCAGGUCCUUAGGAUUGAUUCAACCUUCUGUGAUUGUUCAUAUCUGGUAUUCAUAUUGUAUGCUCGGCUGUGUUUGUUCAUGUAUCUCGAAGCAUCGGGAAUUCUUUGCGUGUUGCGCGAUAUAAUUCUCGUAAAGUUGUGUUUCUUCCAACUUUCUAGAUUGAGCUAAA